UACGACUAUUAUGUUUAAUAACACGUCAGUUACAAACAAGGGAGACCUUGAGUUCAGGAGGACUUUUGAAACGUUCUUAAGCUCAAAUGCAACAGAGGAACUAGGACAGGGAAUAUAUGUUGAGAUUUUAAGGAUGACUGGCAACACCAGAUGAAACUUCCAAGUUGGUCUGACUCUUAAAGGAUGCCCUCCACUUUAAGCCUAGCUGUCUUCCUUGUCUGGGCCACAUCGAGCACACACACCACUGGUCAGGCCUGCCUAUGUUCGGCCCCACUGCCUGCUGGUCGGCAGGUCAACUGCAGCUCUUUAAACCUGGUGGAGCUGCCUCACCUGCCCCCAGACACCACAGAGAUCCAUGUGCAGGACAACCAGCUCACCUCAGUGUCUCCAGGUCUGUUUGACAAACUGGUCAGACUGAAAAAGGUCUCUCUAUCUGGGAACCCCUUCCACUGUGACUGCAGGAUCCAGUACCUAAGGAACUGGUUGCUGGGGAACAAGGCUAUUGUGCCCAAGGAGCCCAUCUGUGCCAGUCCGAGCUCUGUAGCUGACAAAGCCAUCACUGAACUCAGCGAUGACUUCUUUUCUUCCUGUGCAGCACCGAGCUGUACCAAUGGGACGUUUGACGCCAUAAUGGCAGUGAUGCUGUGCUGCCUCGUUGUUCUGCUUCUGUUGAGCUUGAGAUUAGCCAGAACCUCCACCUUUAUCCUGUACAUAGACGAGAGACAUUCAGGAUUCGAGGCCGACUCUUUGUGCUCGCUGAAGCCCAAACACAGGAGGAGGCUGCUCACCACAGAUUCAGACUUCAGCACCACUUCCCUCCCUUGUACAGAGGAUCUAGAAAAGCCUCUUCUCAACAUGGAGUUACUGCCACAAGUGCUGGAUGUGUUGCACAAGAAGCACAAUAUAAAGAUAAAGGCGACCUGAGGGACCUACUACAGUGGAAUUAGAAAGACUACAAGUGGCAAAAAGGGCAGUAACAUGGCCAAGGAUUUCUUUGUUUUUGUUGUUGUUGUUUUUCUAACCACUGUGGCCACGUCUCCUGAGAUGUCCUCUUGGGCAACUGCCAUUUUUUCCUACAGUGCAACCUAUUGUUUUUUCCAGGGAAACACAUCAGAUGAUACACAAUCCAACUGAAAAGUGUCCUACGUUAGCAUUUUGGGUUUCAGCUCAAGAAAUGUGUUCACUACUGACACAGUAACAUUAAAAAAUAUAAGAAUAUUGAGGAUAAUUUUGGAUAUUAAUUGUACAGGAAAUGACUGCAACCUAACUGGAAAUGUCCAGAUACUCUGUGCAUGCUGUGUAUUUGUCUCACAACUGGUGUGGCUGUCUCCGAGAGACAGUUUGCAUGUACUCUGGGAGUGUCCAGUGAUUAGACUUUUCUUGGCAGAGUUUCAGAAAGAAGUAAAAACACCCACAAAAUGACCCUUUGUGCACGAUUGGUCACAAUGUGAAAGUUAUUUUAGUCCCCCUAUUAAUCGUAGCCCUUCAAUUGAAACAUACUGCAGAUUGGUUACUCAGGAUGUGUCUUCCUUGUUAAAAAACAAGCAACAUUGUAAUCCCUACAGUAAUCUUACAACAGAUGAAAUUACUGCUUUAAAAGAUCUACAAGCCGACACUUCUAUUAGAAUCAAACCAGCGGAUAAAGGAAGAGCUACUGUUGUUUUGAAUAAGUCUGACUAUGUUGAAGGGUGUUUAAGACAACUUUCUGAUGACACUUUCUACAAGAGACUGUCUAGCGAUCCCACACAAUUAUUCAAGGAAUCUGUUUACAACACUCUGGACCAUUUUUUUCAAGUGGGUGAAAUAACCAAAAAAGAACUUGAUUUCCUAAAAAUUGAACAUCCUAUAAUCCCCACUUUCUACACUCUACCUAAGGUCCACAAGAGUUUGAAAAAAAAGCCCUGGCCGCCCGAUUGUGUCUGGAAUUGGAUCGCUGAUGUCAUCCAUCUCACAAUAUGUUGACUUUCACAUCAGACCUCUAGCUGAACAGGCUCCCUCUUACAUCAAAGACACUGAUCACAUGUUAUCUAUUGCUGAUUCUCUAAACCCUCUUCCUGAGGAUGAACUGAUUCUCGCUACUUUUGACGUGUCCUCCCUCUACACCUCUAUCCCUCAUGAUGGAGGCAUUAUGGCCAUGGAACAUUUUCUGUCUAAAAGGGACUGCAGCUCUUUUCCUUCAUUAACUUGUCUUGUAGAAUUUGUAAAAUUAAUUCUCACAUGUAAUUAUUUCAUUUUUCAAGACUCCUGGUUCCUCCAAAACAGAGGUGUAGCUAUGGGAAGCCCUUUUGCACCUUCUUUUGCCUAUUUGUACAUGGCUUUUUUUUUGAAGAGAUGUACAUUUACAAUAAUACCAUCUUCAAAAACAACAUAGUGGUAUGGAAACACUUUCUUGAUGAUGUGUGGGUUCUCUGGCGAGGCAGUGUUGAUCAGUUGAAAACAUUUUUCAACUAUUUAAAUAAUUGUUCUGAUUUUCUUAAGUUCACCAUGGAUUUUGAUUCCAAUCAUAUUAGUUUCCUUGAUUUGUGGAUCAUACGUGAGAAUAACACACUUUUCACUGACCUUUUCAUUAAACCUACAGCACACAAUAGUCUACUUAGAGCUGAUUCGUGUCACCCUCUCCCUUUAAAAAACAGCCUCCCUUACAGUCAGUUCUGCAGGGUUAAGAGGAUAUGUAGCAGACAGUUUAAUUUUGAUAAAAACAUGACUGAGAUGAAGAAAAAAUUCGGUGCAAGAGGUUACAAGUCAACUCAAAUUAAUUCAGCUGUGGAUCGUAUCAACACUAGACCAAGACCAGAUCUGUUUCAGAGGAAAGUAAAAAAUAAAAAAUCUUCUAUUAUUUUUUCCACCAAGUAUUCUAAACAGUCUGAGAAGAUUGAAGGUACCAUUAAGAAACACUGGCACAUCCUUCAGUCCAACCCUAAUUUUCAUCAAAUUUAUACACAUCCCCCUCUUGUGGUUUUUAAACAUGGUAGCAAUCUAAGAGACUAUCUAGUAAGAUCAGAUUUGGCCCCCACUUUGGAAUCUAGCCAAAGAUUACUUAUACCUAUCCCGGAUGGGAACAGACGCUGUGGGUCUUGUGCUCAGUGCAAUUAUACUUACCGCUGUAGUACCUAUAGACAUCCACAUUCUUGUAAAUCUAUCCCCAUUAGAGGGAUCAUCACUUGCCACACAAAAUCUGUGAUUUAUCUGAUUACCUGUCCUUGUGGUAAGACCUAUGUAGGCAAAACAAGCAGGGAAUUAAAAACCCCUCAUCGCAGAGCAUCGUAGUACCAUCAGAUGCAAAAAUCUUAAUUAUCCCGUGGCUGCUCAUUUUGUGGAAGCUAAUCAUCCUAUUGCUUCAUUGAAAUACAUAGGUAUUGAGAAGGUUUCCCUUCCCAGAAGAGGUGGUAAUUUAGAAAACCUCUUAUCUAGGAGAGAACAUUUCUACAUACACUAUUUGAACACUCUGGCACCAAAUGGUCUGAAUGUUGAUUACGAUUUGAAAUGUUUUCUAUAGCUUUUUGCUCUAGAUAAAUAGUGUCAGUUCUAGUGACAGAGACCAGGUACAGCUUAUAUUGCUAAUGAUGCCUUUUUAUAGGUUGAUGUGCAGCUGAUCUGUUCUUCUUUUUUAUAAAUAUUGUAUAUUGUGUUUGUUUUGGAAUAAUCUGUGUUUUUUGUGUCCAUUGGGAUCCUGUGCAGAAUGUUUUGUAUUGCAUACUUCCCUUUUCUUCUCUGAAAUGGAUAUUUUGAUAGGAUUGUAUUUAUAUGGAUUGUGAUGUUUGAUCUCUGAUGUGAGUUUUGCAAUCAGCUGAUUUAUUCACUUCUCUGCUGUCAAACACGCAGGUGAUUAGUGUCAAAUGCAGACCAGGUGUGUACACCAGGUGAGCUGAUUGCUCAAAGAAGGCUUUAUCAGCCACUCCCAUGUGUGUUAAGACUUGACAAAGGCCCUGUGCCGAAAUGUUGUCCUAAAUAAAAUUCCUUUUUUACUUGGA